AUGGCAAUCGCAGAAAACUAUGAGGAUGUACUGAAGGGCAAGUACCCAGCCAAGGCGCACGCAAAGAAGGUUGCCGAGUGGAUCAUCGCAAAGGGCGGUGAUAAGAAUGGGACUAUCUAUCUCGAGGCGCAGAAGCAGAAACUUAAUGAGGACAACGAUGGAGAAGCACCAUUUCGGCAACGUCGGUAUUUCUUCUAUCUCAGUGGUUGCGAGCUACCAGAUUCAUAUCUUACAUAUGAAAUCGCCACUGAGAAGCUCACACUCUUCAUACCUCCUGUGGAGCCUGAUGAGGUGAUUUGGUCGGGCUUACCUAUGAGCCCAGAGGAAGCCAAAGAAAAGUAUGAUAUUGAUCAGUGUCUAACCACAAAGGACGUCAAUGCCCACCUUACAAGCACUUCCGAGUCUGCGCAAUCUACUAUUUACGCCAUCCCAGAACAAGUCUCAGACCAUAUCACCUUCAUCUCCUACAAAGAAAAGGAGUUCAAACAGCUCAAGCCCGCCAUUGAGUACUGUCGUGUCAUAAAGUCCGACUACGAAAUCGCACUGAUCCGCAAAGCGAACAUCAUAUCCACCGCAGCCCACGAAGCCGUCAUGAAAGCUGCCUCCACAGCAAAGAAUGAAUGUGAACUGGAAGCUGUCUUUCUCAAAGCGUGUGUAGAGCGCAAUGCAAAGAACCAGGCCUACCACUCCAUCGUCGCAGCCGGUGAACACGCCGCAACACUACACUAUGUCCACAAUGCUGCCCCAAUCUCUGAUCAGAACUUGUUACUGUUGGAUGCGGGCUGUGAAGUCGACUGUUACGCUUCAGAUAUCACACGCACAUUUCCACUCAAGGGUAAAUUCACGACCGAGUCUCUCGCCAUCUAUAAGAUCGUGUUGGACAUGCAACAUCAAUGCAUCAACGCUCUCAAAGAAGGCGUAGUAUGGGAUUCCGUCCAUGAACUUGCGCACAAGGUUGCCAUCAAGGGCUUGUUGGAGCUUGGCAUAUUGAAGGGAGACGCAGAAGAGAUCUUCACAAAGAGGAUCAGUGUUGCAUUCUUCCCGCACGGCCUUGGCCACUACCUAGGCAUGGACACCCAUGACACAGGAGGUAAUCCAAACUACGCGGACAAGGAUGUCAUGUUCAGGUAUCUGAGAACGAGGGGAUCCUUGCCUGAGCGCAGUGUAAUCACAGUCGAGCCUGGAGUUUACUUCUGUAGGUUCAUCAUCGAGCCGUAUCUGAAGGAUGAGGAGAAGAAGAAGUACAUUGAUGAGAGCGUUCUGGAGAAGUAUUGGAGCGUCGGUGGAGUGCGAAUUGAAGACAACGUUCUAGUCACAAAGAACGGCUUUGAGAACUUGACACCCACACCAAAGGAGAUUGACGAUAUUACCAAACUUAUUCUAUCUACAUAA